UAAAAAUCCGGAUCGGAUAUCUUGAUAAAAAUACGAUAAAUAUAAUAUUUGAUCACAUAAAUAUAUAUUAUUUUAUUCUCAAACAUGGGCGAAGUGUCAUUAGAAACCACAGCUUACGCUAAGAUCAUACUACACGCAGCCAAAUACCCGCAUUGUGCAGUAAACGGGGUGCUUCUGGCAGACGCCACAAAAAUUCGAGAUGGGGCCAAAAACCAGGACCUGGAUAUUGUGGACACCGUGCCCCUGUUCCAUCAUAGCCAUUAUUUGUCACCUAUGGCAGAAAUCGCCCUCACACAGAUAGAAACAGUAGCACAGGCCAAUAACCGCAUCAUCGCUGGCUAUUACGCGGCGUGUGAAAACUUCCACGACAACUCGGUGGACAAGUGCCCGGGACAGAAGAUUGCUGAAAAGAUAGUAGAGCACUUCCCAUCUGCUGUGUUUGUGGUGGUGGACAACAGGAAAAUGGUGCAGCACUUGGACACACCGGCCAUCAAGCUUCACAAGUACGUGGAGGGAAAGUGGAAACUCAAGGACGCCACCAAAGUGCUGUUCCAAACCCCGUACGUCCUGGAGACUGUCUCGCAGCUCCUGCAGAGCGACGUGCAGCGCGCGCUCGUCGACUUCGACAACCACCUGGACGACUUGACGCAGGACUGGACGAACCUCGGCAUCGAGAAGCUGGUCGCCAGCAUCGACGCGACCAACGACGACUGUAAGGACAAGGACUAUCGGUAGAAACGGACACCUUAGCAUGUUGAUACUAUCGUAGUGUG